AUGAGUCGAAAUUUCUUUACGGCUGUCGUCACGAUCGGCGUUGGAGUCUUUACAGGUUACUACACCUUCCAGCCGGCCUUACAGGAGUUUGCUGUCCAAAAGGCCCAUGGUCAGCAACCCGGCAGCUCCCCUGACGCAUCUGCCACAAAGCAGGACACCAGCAUUUCUACCAAAGACACCCCAAUUGCUAGCUCCAAACCGGUCGCCCCGGAAUCGUCUGAACUGAGCAAGUAG